UCUCGGUCUCUGCGAGCGGAGCGGAGCGCGGGCUCGUGGAGGGGCCGCGCAUUGUUUGUGUGCGCGCGUGAAUCCCGGGCCCUGGCCUUGCAAAGGGAAGCAGUCGCUGCUCGGCUCCUCUAGUAUCUUUGCUCGGCACGUCCCCUUGCACGGAGCGCCUUGCAGCCAGAUAUACUUGUUUGCAGCUGCAUCGCAAGAGGCAAAGAGCCGUUGGCGGUAGCAACGACAACCAGUCACAGAGGCCCCUGGCUGCAUUCGUAAAGGAGGUUUCGGUUUAAUCCGAUCGUUUCUUUUUCUCUCCCCUUUCCAAACAGGCCAUGACUCGGGAGUAUAAAGCCGGGGAGUUGAUUUUCGCUAAGAUGAAGGGUUACCCUCACUGGCCUGCUCGGAUCGACGAUUUUGCUGAUGGAGCAGUAAAAUCUUCACUAAAUAAAUAUCCUAUCUUCUUCUUUGGAACUCAUGAGACUGCUUACUUGGGCCCACGGGACAUUUAUCCAUAUGAUGAAAACAAGGAAAAGUACGGAAAGCCCAACAAAAGAAAAGGUUUCAAUGAAGGAUUGUGGGAAGUUGAAAAUAAUCCAACUGUCAAAUUUCUGGGGCCACAGAGUGCUAAUAAACGAGUUCGGAAGUUAUCAACAGAUAAAGACGAUGAAGAGGAAAAAGAAACAAGUGGUUCAAACUUGGGAAAAGAGGAGUCUGAUAUAGUUAGUUUGCCAGAGUUUGACAAGCAAAAUGAUGAGGAAACUUCAGCAAAGAAAGCUCCAGUGGUGCACACUCCAAAGAAGAGGGGAAGAAAGAGAAAGAUUGAUCAAGUGGAAGUUGGCUCCGAAUCUGAUCCAGAAAAGCAAACUGUUAAGAAAAAGAAACAAGCAGUUGAAGUGAAGAUUCCGAAACCCAGAGGAAGACGACCCAAAGUUGUAGUGAUACCUCCAUGCUCGGCCGAUGAAAGUGAGAAUGACGGUGUUAACAAAGCUGAUGAGAAGAAGGUAGCCGUGGAGGAAAAGCGAAAGAAACAACAAGAGCUCAAAAAAGUGAAGGAAGAGGAGAAAGAGGAGAAAAAGAUGGAGAAACCGAAAAAGGAACUGGUUAAAAAGGAAGGAAAGAAGAACCCUGCUGAACCCAAGCGGAAAAGGAACAGCAAAACAAAGUCAACCUCAGAGUCAGAAGAGGAGGAGCCAGAUAAUGAAGAAGAAAAAAUAAAGAAGACAAAAUGGGAUGUUGGUAAUAGACGAAAUGUAAUGAAAAAGCAGAAUGACAAGGACCAAGAGGAAAAGCUACGCAAGGUGGAAGAGAAUAAGAAAGAUGACCAACAAGGUAAAGAGGAGAAAGAAGGAAAAAAAGAAGAAAAACUCAACUUCAAGAAAAUAGAGAAAAAAAGAGAAAUGUCAAUGGAAUUGAGGCUACAAAAAUUGCACAGUGAAAUUAAAUUGUCACUGAAGAUUGACAAACCAGAUGUUAAGAAAUGUGUUGAGGCCCUAGAUGAACUCGCUGCUCUCCAGGUCACUCCACAGCAUCUGCAGAAACACAGUGAAUUGAUUGCUACACUAAAAAAGAUGCGAAACUACAAAGCCAGCCAAGAUAUCAUGUUCAAGGCAGAUAUGAUUUACAAUAAAUUUAAGUCCAUGUUCUUGGUUGGUGAAGGUGAUUCUGUGAUUGCACAAGUACUGAACAAAUCUCUUGCUGACCAGAAGCAGCAUGAGGAAGCUGCUAAGGCAAGAGAACAAGAGAAGAAAAAUGAUCCACUGGAAACUAGCCAGAAAUCUGAAAACUCAGAGGAACAAGUGACGGGUGCUAAAACAGUAAAUGGAGAAAUUGUAUCACAAGAUGUAGAGAAUGGCCACUCACUGAAAAGAGUAGAGAACAAGGGUGGAGAUGAGAAGAUAAAUAAAACAGACUCUCUGCAGCCUCAACAAAACAGUGAACGGCAUCAGUCUGAUGCAUUGCAGUUGGUAAAACAGUCAUCAGCUGAUGCUGUGACUGGUCAGAUGGAGACGGGAUCACCUACAGGAAGCUAGGCAACUGGAACUUGCCAUUUGUGAACAUAUCUAAAACACAGCUCCUCGUGUUGGAGUUUGGAGAUGGGUUGGGUUGGGUGCUGCUUUUGUAUUUUAUUACUGUUCGAAUAUGUAGACAAUUUGCUUUUUAACACUGGAUAUCCUCUUUUAGAAAUCCCAGAAAAAAUGCAUAACAGCUAAUAAGUACACAGUAUGACCACAUUGAACUGCCGAAACCUAGGUGUACAUUUUUUAUUUGGUUCUCCUCCCCUCCUUUCCCCCCCCCCCCCCCCCAUCAACCCAACCCAAUUCUAAAACAUUUUGUAUAAUGAUUCAGAGGGUGAUUGUUUCCCUUUCUUUUGGAUGUAUAGUAAUUCGGUGGUAUUUGAAUUUUUUUUUGUCUUAACCCAUUAAGGCCAAAUCUGCUCUGACGCCAAAUACUCAAAGAUAGUUUUUGCUUCUGUAUGUUGAAAUUGCUGGUAGUAACAUAAACAUUUGUUGUUAA